GUCUCGCAGCAUCCGCCAGCGAUCGGUGAGAAUUUUGCUCUCCGUGUCUUCUCUUCUUAGUGCUCUCCGGGCAUUCGCAAGCCGUGCCCCCGUUGCGUUGUAAAGGGGUCGCGCGCGUGAGUGAGCAAGUGAGCGUGUGUGGCCUGGCGGAGAGUGUGCAAAUUUAUGUAACUCCGAUAUAACUCUACGGCCAGCAUCGGUCCGACUGUCAGUUUAUGCACAGCCUUUGCGAGGAGUGUGCCGACACCGAAAAGCGACACCAGUGCGAAGUAACACAAGGCGACGGGCGCUCGGAAAACAGUUCAGGUGGGGGAGACGAAACACGAAACACCCGCGAAAAACGGAGGCGCAACGUUCGUGCCUUUGCGUCGUUUGCGUGUCACCGUGCUGAAGACUGUACCAAAAAGCAAUCCGCAGCAUCUCCUGUGUGGUGUUGCGCAAGAAAACGGCUCGUUGCAGCAGAAUUCGUGCUGGUGCAGUUUUGAAGUUCAUUUUAUCAAAUGAUCAGCGUACGGAAAGGCACCAGGCAGAAGCAUCGCUAGAAAACGAGCUCAUUGUGCAUCUUCCAAAAAGGCACGUGUCAGUUUGGCGGCUUUCAAUAUGCAGUGCAACGCGAUCGCGAUCAGUGCGCGUCCUUGAUAAGACACCAAAUUUACGACGAAAAGUACUCCAGACACACAAAGGAGACUGCAUCACACCGGUUGCGCAAUCCUGCAGGCUCUUUCAAGGACCCGCAUCACCUUCCUAGUUGGAGCGAAACGCGUGAUGUAAUGCGGGACACAGACACACCACUUCCCAGUAGCCGGUGAAGGUGUUCCCCAGACGCACUAAAGGUACUCGGCUUUCUUCAACCUUCCUUUGGAGGUUGACCGGUGUUUUCAACUCCACCGGGGAAUCUCCACCUUCACCACCUUCAUCAAACCGCGCCCUCAACGCACACGCACAUGAUUCAUUGCGCAUUGCCACGAUUAGUCGUCACCGGCCCCAAAAGACAUCAUCACGGAGACAGCGUGCGGUUGGUUGACGGUAAAUGUCAAUCAAUUCCGCAUGUGUGUAACCCAUUUCCCCGAGAAGUAUCCAGCGCACGGGGUGCAGUUGAAUAAUCUUGCCGCGCUGGUUGCACCCGAAGGUUCGGUGCAAAAGAUUAGCAAAUGCGUGUGGUGACGCUAUGUGGAAAGCCAGCAAGUAACACGAACACAAAGUGACUUCCAAAAAAAACCCGUGCCAAAGUGCAAGUGUGAAAGUGCAUUUAGUGAAAACAGAGAGAGAACGCGAGAAGGAGAAGCAUCACUUUGCCACUUACUCUCGAUGCAUGUUGCAAAACCUUAUUCAAAUCAAUUAUGCAUUAAAUCAUCGACAAAGAAAAUGUUUUUGCUACAAUACUAGCACAUAAAGAAGCACGAAAAACUUCAAUGUUUGGCGUGAUUUUGGAUGAUAAAAACGUACCAAAAGAAGAUUUUUUUUCGUGCGCUUAACAGUGUUUAACGUGAGAGAACGGUUAUUUGUUUAUGUUUUUUUUUACUCUUAAAUCCGUACUGCGUGUGUGUCUUUGAAGAGGAGCAAAAACCUAAAACAACCAUCCCAUCAGCACGAUGAGCUUUAACACCUUUAUGCAGAUGACAAACAGUUGGGAGGCAGCUCGGGCUUCACUAGGCUCCCUCUCUGGUAGCAGUAGUUCAACACAAUCCAACACGCUGCAACAGCCGCAGCAUUCGAAACAAAAGCAACAAAAGUAUCUUCCAGCUACCGGGCCUGCUGUACUGUCCGGUGUCGUACCAGCAGUACUGCCAGCCGCCACUGAACCCUAUGAUUAUUUCGAUACCACCGUCAAUGCCAAUGCCAUCGCCGAACGGACCAACAGUUUGCGCCGAUUGCGAAGGGCCGGCUAUGCCAACCGUAGCUUUAUGUAUCACGGCGAAUAUCCGCUCGGGACCGGAGACGAUGGUUACGGUGAUGAUACGGGUGGCGGCAUGGGACGUUUGCCGUACUACGUCGAACCGACGUACCGUUCGCUCGAGUACGAUCGAAGGCAACGACGCCGGCACAGUGUGCAUCAGCUGGCCAACUUCAACCCCUCCUCGAAGUUGGACGAUCUAAGGCAGCGGUUCGAUGAGUACAGCUCUUCGGCAGCGGUGCCUAGGGGUGCGUACUACGGCUACUACACGCUCGACCGUCACAAGAAACUUCCAAGACAGAUGGUGGCGAAUCCAUUGCCACCGAUUGCGUACGGUAAGGCCUUUUCCUUCGGACAGAGCGCACGGUACAGUGGGAGCCGAUCGUUGGAUCGUGUACUGGUGGAGGAAGAGCGCGAACAGCGAAAGGGACCGAAAAGAGGUUCUCGCUCAUCGCAGGGUUCGACCGAUAGUAAUAAUAGUACACAUAGUGCAUCAUCCGGGUCGCUACUGCUGACGGUAGCAAACCUUGAGAACUUUGCCAAAAUACAUCGUAAAUCGACAACUGGCGGUGGCGGCCGGGGUGGUGGUCAUCACUCCAAGCUAGAUGGAGCCGCCAGUAGCCGAACGCUUGAAAGAUACCUCUCGUCGACGCUCGAUCUGGUCCCUCACCAUCCCGGUACACUUGGGCGACGUUCGCGCUACAACAGCAACAUCCUACUGCCACAUGAGUCCAUCGACGACGAUGAUGAGAACGUACAUCCAGCCGAUCAUGCUGCGAUCGAUUACCGAAAGGAUGCGCAUCUCGUUGGUAGCAGUGCGAUCGUACCGAUCGAUGAAAUUUCCAUCGACGAAGGCGAGGGCAGUGGCAAUGGAAGCGAAAGGCAGCUACAACUUGCCGGCGUAGGACCGGCCGGUGGUGCCAGUCUCGUUUCACCAUUCCGAUCGCUGAAGGGCAAAGAUCCGGAUUCGGUUUCCGUGGCCAGCUCCACACAUUUCACCAUGGUAAACGGCAUUGGUGGACCGCAGCGUGUCAUCAAGACUGGCAUCUGUUCCAGUGGCCACCAGAUCACAAUACUGAUCGUCACGAUGAGCAUCAUCUUCAUGAUCGGUAUCUGUUCGGCUGUUUUCCUGCUCGAAAUGCGCGCAAGGGAAAUGCCAAAGUAAAGCUUGUGUCCACCGACAGCACCGGAAGAGUUUGGGAAAACGAUACGAUUACAUACGAAGUACAUUUAGCAAUCAAAAAACUGAUAGAUUAAGCGCUAUCGCCCCGCAACACCGCGUUGCCAUAUGGAAUGUAGAGUAGUUAUUAUGCUUAAGACUUUUAGUUAUUUUCUUCUCCAAUCAUGUUAAUCUUAGACAGAUUCUAUAACGAUGAAACGCAGUCAUUGUUGGAAAUGAUGUACUAUUUCCGAUACAGAUAAACACAAAGUUUAGCAGUUCACUCCGUCUUCGUAGGCAGCAGCAGCAACAAUUACAUUAGUUUGAUAUCAUUGAUGAUUUCAUGGUCCUCUUACUUGUGAAGGAUUUUAUCUCAAAACAAAGGAGAACCUUUAACGAAUUAAGGUCUUAGGGACAACUUCUAGAGUUGCGUUAGACUCCGUAGAAUGUUACGAUGAAAUAUCGAUAAGUUAGCAUGCGUUCUAAAUAUGCCAAAUGCCAAAAGCCUCUGAUACACAGCAUUCUAGUGGCAAAACCAGAUACGAAACUGAAAGUGUUUCUUCUUUUUCCUUUCUAGCAACAGACUAUUUCCCACUUUCCUGAGCCACCAGUAUCUACAUUUCACUGAUUCAGUUCUGUGAUAUUUAUUAAAUUAUUUAACUUAUGUCGAGAGCAUAAAGUAAUAAUAGGAAUAUUUUAA